UUGCCUUGUUUCUUGGCCGACCUUCCUCAGUCCCAGAAAACAGGAAGAAACUGUCAUAUACGGGCUAGGGCGUGGUCAGAUAACAGAGUUUACAAGCAAGUAUGCAUGUCAGGUAUGAUACCAGGGAACUGUAAUUCCAAGGCCGAUAGAAAAGAGGGGGGACACCGCAAACACAGAGCAUUGCAGCCCCAAGAAAAUAAGCAUCGUUCCCGAGUAUUUAAGAGCUGCUUUGGUCUACACCCUGCUUGUCCAUCUUGCCUGUGCGCUGCCCACACAUAACUGGGGAAAUGUCUGCUUCAUUCCACAGGCCAAAGAAAAUGGUUGGGACUAAGAGAGUCAGAAUCCAGGAGAAAACGGAUACGGAUCAAAGUCCCGGAAGGUGGAAGCCGGGCAGAGAAGACAGCAGCAAUGUGAAUGAACUAGCUCUAGAGAUAGUUCAGAGCGCCAUUGCUGCUGCCGUUAAGCGUGUGGAAGAAAUUGAAAACCCCGUCAGGAACAUUAAAUGGAUCACACAAGGUGAAUUCACGGAAGAAGAAGGCCAUAGACAAAUUGAGGAGUUUAUUUCGACUUGGGAGUAUCAAGAACGCUGGGUGCACUACACAGAGUUUAUAGAGAGGAAAGAGCAGGUUCACAGCUACUACUACAUCUACUGUGUGAACUGGACCAUGCUAACCAUCAGGAAACCCGUGCUGCAAAUCUUCACCUCUGUCUACUUCACCAUCAAGAUCGCCAAAAACAAACCUCCAGAUGUGCCCAUUGAGGUCUCUUAUAUCUUUGAAGGUCAUUCGUUAGUUCACAGGCCAGGAAUGACUCGCUAUCGAGAAAAAUGGCUGAGGGACCUUUUUGAGGCCAAAAAUAGUUUAAUGCAGUCAAUUCCCUUCUAAUUCCAUGGUGUCUAAUUCCUAUAAAAUGUUUUGGGAUUGGAUUUCUAAUCACAAUGUUUUAAAAAUAUGAUACUGCACAUCAAAUGACAGAAUAUUUACUGAAUAAUAAAGUUUUGGCAAA